AUGGGCAACAUCCUCAACACCCCCGCGGACGCCGGCCCCGCCACAGCCCAGCAGCUGCGCGCCGGGGCCGGCGAGCAGGCGCGGCUGCGAAACGCAGCGUUUGAGCGCUCGCGCGCGGCGUACGCUGCCGGCGACCACGCGGGCGCCAAGUACUACAGCCAGCAGGGCAAGAUGCACGCCGCAAAGAUGCAGGCCUUGAAUGCCAGAGCGGCUGAUGCAGCAUACGACGGUGCAGCCCGGGGAUGCGUUUAG